GCUUCUGUUGCUACAGUGAACUGCUGCUGGUGAUGUGGAGGAAAUAACGGUGCCUACUUCAUCAGCUCUGGAUGGGGGAAAUGGCAAGAGAAUAGAAGUUAUUUUAUACGGACGUUGUAAUACCCUGACUGAGUAUUUCGCGUGUUUAAAAGCCUAUUAUAUUGCUUUGCUUUGUUUUGACUUUACAAGAAGAAGCAACAACAAGCUAGCGCCAGGCUAGGAAGACGAGCUAACAUUAGCCUAGCAGCGCUCGGCGUAGUUAACGCUCAGCUGCAGACACUUGCCAGCUUUACAAAAAAAGGGAGAAGUUUCCGGGUGUCGGAGAAUGGUGCAGUGAUUAGAUAAGGGGCUAGCCUUUUUCUGAAUGUUACCGUUUAGCCAAUUAACUUUUUAUACUCCGAAAGGUUUGUAGUCGACUUGAGAUGAUGAGCUAAAUUGAUGCUUGGACUGAAACCAGCGCCGCACAUCAAACAACUGCAGAGAGGAGAUGAGUCAACUUUGGCGGCGAGAUAUACCCCUGUCAGAGAAGUUGGGGAAUGUCUCUCCCGUCGGUCUCGCCCCGGGGGCCCCGGCCACUGUGGCCCCGCAAGGGUCCAACUCUUCCUGGGUGCCGGAGGCCCCAGUGUUCACGCAGGAACAGCCGAUUUUCCUCAUGACCUCCACUGCCCAAACUAUAUCAGGCUUCUUCGUUUGGACGGCUCUUCUGAUCACGUGUCACCAGAUCUACAUGCACCUACGUUACUACAGCUCUCCAAAUGAACAGAGGCACAUAGUGAGGAUCCUCUUCAUAGUCCCCAUCUACGCCUUCGACUCCUGGCUCAGCCUUCUCUUCUUCACCAAUGAGGAGUAUUACGUGUACUUUGACACAGUACGAGACUGCUACGAAGCCUUUGUCAUCUACAACUUCCUGAGUCUGUGUUAUGAGUAUCUGGGAGGAGAGAGCGCCAUCAUGGCUGAGAUCAGAGGGAAACCUAUUGAGUCGAGCUGCAUGUAUGGGACCUGUUGCCUGUGGGGCAAAACCUACUCCAUUGGAUUCCUCAGGUUUUGCAAACAGGCAACUCUCCAGUUCUGUGUGGUGAAACCUCUGAUGGCAAUGAUCACUGUCAUUCUUCAGGCCUUUGGGAAAUACAGAGACGGAGACUUUAACGUUGCCAGCGGUUACCUCUAUGUGACCAUUAUCUACAACAUCUCCGUCAGCCUGUCGCUCUACGCUCUCUUCCUCUUCUACUUCGCUACACGUGACCUGCUCGUCCCAUACAGCCCUGUGCUCAAGUUCUUCAUGGUCAAGUCCGUCAUCUUCCUCUCCUUCUGGCAGGGGAUGCUCCUGGCCAUCCUGGAGAAGUGUGGAGCCAUCCCUCAGAUCACCUCUGCCGACUUCUCCGUGGGCGAGGGAACAGUUGCCGCCGGUUACCAAAACUUUAUUAUCUGCAUCGAGAUGUUCUUUGCUGCUGUUGCUCUGCGGCACGCCUUUACUUACAAGGUUUACAUGGACAAAAGACUUGACUCAUAUGGCCGCUGUGCCCCAAUGAAGAGCAUCUCCAGCAGCCUGAAGGAGACCAUGAAUCCAGGGGACAUGGUCCAGGAUGCCAUCCACAACUUCUCCCCGGCUUAUCAGCAGUACACGCAACAGUCCACACUGGAGCGGACGGGGGGGCCAGCUCUCUCCCGCAGCCACAGUAACCUCAGCACCCGCGGGGACAACGAAAAGACCCUGCUACUCAGCUCCGACGACGAGUUCUGAGACUCAAACUCAGACGCUCAGAGGCUCACUUUUACUCUCGUAGCCUGUAUUUAAUUAUCAGCCAUGUAAGACAAAUCAGAUCUUUUGUCGCUAUCUUAACAGGGAAAAUCAGAUCCUGCUUUUUUUUCUCCACAUUUAGACAAUAUAAAGAUCAGAUUUAUGUCAGACUCAUGAAUUGGUGGUUAACAGACUGCAUGAAAAGACGGAGUGUACGAAAGAAAAAGAGGAAACGAAGGGGUAAAUUGGUGCAGUAGGAAAAGGAGGGAGCUUUAAUAGGACGGAGAGGUUGCUGCAAAUAUAGUUAGGGAGAAGAAUAGUGUUUACACGUUAGGUUCUUUAACUGCUCAAGUUGUCAUUUGUGUUGAUGUCAUAGAGGCCAUAACUGACAGAAAUACAAUAUCUAUAUUCAUCCACUGAGUAUGAUAUAUAUGCUGCACUUUAACCAUUACGGCAAAAAAAGAUAUGACACAUAUAAAAUGUAUUCUACUACAGACAACUGCCAUCUUCACGUAACUGUUCAUGGCCUCCUUCACGUUUGAAUUCAUACUCCUCCACCAACUCUGCCUCUUACCGAAACAUUGCCAAAUAGAGGGAGCGGUAACCUGCGCUCCAGUUACUGAGACGCACUGUCUUAAUAUUUGAUUUAUAUUCAAGCAAAACUGAGGAGCCUUUGAAUUGCGGGGCUUUAUUUUAAUAUAUAAGAAUUUCAACACGGAUACUACUUUCAUUUAAAUGUUAGAUGACCGUGAAGGUGUAACUCAUUUUAAAGACUGGUUUGUUGGGAAAUUGUUAUUCCAGAAAUGUUAUAAAUACUUUGUGUUUGUUUCCAUUUUGUUGUGGGUUUAUAGGAACAAGUGUGACGGUAACUCUCAGCUGGUGGCCUGACGAGGGCUUCUCCCAUAGUGUUGUUGUUGUUUGUGGAGCAGCUGUAGGGAGAGAUUUUAGCGUUGGCAGGGAGACCGAUGGAAGGACAACACCCACGCAGAUUACAGAUUACUGAAGAAGCAACACUUCCCUGCAGAGCCGGACCAGCUGUGGUGUGCUGUGGAUUGUAAUCCCAUAAUUAAGGGCAUUGCAUGUAGCACAGAUCAGGCCUGCCUCUGCUGGCACUGUUUAUAAUGGCGGCACUGCUAUAGUCACAGUGUGUGAAGCUGGUUUAUACAGACAGAUAAAGGUUGUGCAUGUAGAUGUCAAUGCAAACAAGGUUUCAAAUCUGACUGUAUCCGAAAUAGAAAUAUCUGAACAUUUAAAAGUUGUGUUCAGGUACUGUAAGAAAGUACAGUAUCUGUACAGUGACACACUGUAGCAGCACAGAGAUGCUUUAUAAAGGAAAGAGGGGGAAAAGACUCAAGUGAGCCAAAACCUGCAGGCAAAGCGAGCCGACCACUGGUGUUCCUUUUUAUCUAUUUUCUAAAGAUAACAGGGACUGUGUUUGAGUUAAUUGUUCAUACUGUUACCAGGUGAUGUUUAAUUUGCCUUUUAGCAGCGGCCAGUACAGACGUUGCUUGUGGUUGUGAUCUUAAAUGUUUGCUGCACAGGUGACUUUAGGCCCAAUGCUGCCUCUAAAUGUGUUUUUUCUCUCAUGUUGUGUGCAGAACGCAAACAGAUUUUACAGACUGACUCAAGUUUAUAGACUGCAGGUAAACAUGCAGUUACUCACAGUUCAAUGAGUAAGUAAGUAAGUUAGCAAUGAGCGUCCUCGACAAUACGCAAGACCAACUUUCUAAUGAGAAGAUUGCUUUCAAUUGGCAGUGUAAUUUAAGUGUUUAAUUGUGGAAUUCAGCACUAGUGGAUUCCACAGUUGGUUUGCGGCUGUGACUGCGAACUCCUAUCUCUUUCAACCGCCUCCUACACACAAUAAUUAACGCAUCACUUUUGUAUCCAUCUCUGCACUGAAUCUUUAGUGCUUCAGUUUAAGCCGAGGUUGAGUGAAGCUGUUGUAUUAAUGUUAAAUUAACUUAGCGGUAUUGAAAAAGAGAAAUUCACUGCAUAAUACUUUGCCCCUAGGUGACAGCAUAUAAAGCUCAACAAUCUUGAUUUAAAGAACACUAUGAAACAUGUUUUAAAUGCUGUGUGAUUUCAAAGUUGGAUGUUGAUUUCAAAGCUGGAUAUAUUUAAACCAGGAAAUAUUAUACCAGAAAGGAAAGAAUGUUGAAGAAUUAAUGGCAUUGCUUUGUAUAGUGCUUUGUUUUAAUAUUUUUGUGUCUUAAUAUUUUUAAUUUUCAUAUAUUCUUCUGUUUUAUUUCUGUUGUAUACAUUUCAAUUUGUAUAUUGGUAAUAUGAUCUCAUGUUUUUAUUCUAUAUUGGUUUAUGUUGGUGUUGAAAAGGAAAUAAAAGACAAUAGACA